GCAAUGAGGGCGCCGCCAUGCGGACCCGCCUUCCGAUUGCGUGCAGGCCCGCUGACCACCAGGUAUCAGACGCGUCCCAUGAAGCCCAUAGACGUCCGGAUGAGUCGACCUGUCCAUGUCGACCCGAUAGGCAGGCCGUACGCCGCGAGAUUAAGGGCCUCGCGUGGUGUGCGCGUUUGCACCCGCGGCCCGCGGAGGGGUACUUGUAGGGCGGACGGUCCAACCUUAGUCUCUGCGUUCCUACGAAGAACGUUCCGCCGGGGACCACGAGGUAGGGAAAUUGGCCGAGUUUGCCAGACCGGAGCGAAGAAGCGCAGAGAUGCAUUGCACGGGCGGGAUAUUCAGGUACGAGUCGAGCAGUAGUU